GGAAAUAGUUGUGGAAUUGUGGGAUGGUGGAUGAGCGAGUGUAGAGUGCACAGCGAGAGGAGGCGUAAUGAGAGGAUGGAACCGGUUGAUUAUGUUUUACUAGUGCUGUGUAUUAUUCUGUUCAUCGGUUUCUGUGUAAAUUUUAUGAUUCACAUCUUGUCCAUUGUAUACGGAAAAUGGAAGUUUUCACAAAAACUCACUGCAGCCAUCCCAGAGGAGCUGCCCGGGAUCUCCAUUAUAAAGCCCUUGGUUGGAGUUGACCCCCAUCUUUUUGACAACUUAGAGACGUUCUUUAAUAUGAAAUAUCCCCAGUUUGAAAUUUUAUUUUGCAUUCAAGAUGAACUGGAUUCUGUUAUCAUGAUUGCUCAAAGUUUGAUUCUGAAAUACCCAAAGGUGGAUGCAAAGAUAUUUAUUGGUAAGAAAAAUGUAGGAGUAAACCCAAAGAUUAACAACAUGAUCCGUGGUUAUGAAGCUGCCAAGUAUGACCUGUUCUUGGUAUCCGACAGCAGUCUCAAAAUGAAAGAGGAUUCCCUGACGGACAUGGCGCUGCACAUGACUGAGGGUGUUGGUCUUGUACAGCAAAUGCCCUACGUCUGUGACCGGACUGGCUUUGUUUCUCACAUGGAAAAGAUAUACUUUGGCACGUUCCAUGGCAAGAUGUACUUGACUGCUAACUUUUUGGGCAUGAACUGUGCUUCUGGCAUGUCUACGCUGUUCCGAAAAGAUAUAAUUGAAGAAGCUGGAGGUUUGGCAUCUUUUGGCAAGUACCUGGCUGAGGAUUAUUUACUGGCUCAAGCAGUUUUAGACAGCAAGGACCAUUGCCUUUUUCCAAGUUUGAAUUCCUUGUUGGGUGGCUGGUCAACGAGAUGUCCUACUUCUCUCUAACGUGCAGAGCGCUGUGGGACCCGGUGGUCACCUGGAGGGGACGCAAGUACAAGAUCAGAUUGGGGGGAAUCACGACGGAAAUAACGUCGCCUCCGGCCUCAAAACCCACAGAGAAGACGUGAAUGGGAUUUGCUCUUGUGACACAGUGUUAUUAUCAUCUUGUCUUAUGACUGGCUCAUUUAGGGGGAGGGGGGAUACCUGAUGCUUUUUAAGUACUCGUAGUUGCGAACAUAUGAUUUCUUGCCUGAUGUCUCUUUACUGUUUUUGGACUACGAUUUCAGCUGGGAGAGAUUUUGAUAUUGAGAUUGUUUUGUAAUGCUCCUUUUUCUGAGGGAAGUGGACUCUUCAGGUUCUCUGGUGUGGAUAAAGAUAUUUAUGGUGCUCUUCAGUAUUAUCAGUUUUCCCCUGUAGCGAUGUGAUAGGGUCUCUCAGUAAUUUUGAGGACAGUAGAUAUUAUGAAGAGUUGAGUCGCUUUCACAAUUAAACAGUGUUUGCUCAACGUUUCAAUCAUGGGAAGAUAGCAUGCUUUUAGAUUUUGAUGAAGGUUUAGAAAAUAAAGUAAUGUUCCUUCUCUGUAUGAAAUUUAAACUGGCUUUUUCGAUGUGAUAUCUGAGUGCCAAGGGGCGUUUUUCAAGCUUUUCUCGUUGGAUCUCCCGCUGGGAAAGUUUUCUUUUUAAAACCCACUAUAAAAGUAAGGGGUCCUGUGGAGAUUUAAGUACCUGUCUUAGGUUGUAAGAGAAAAGAUGUGCUCCAAAUUAUUUGUAUCCUUUACUUAGUGUGGUUACCAUUUCACUUUGAGCAGGUUUCUCAAAAAAUUCAGUUAUAGAAUAAAUUGUAAGCUGGACCUUUUUUCAGGUAUUUGUGUUUAAUUUUCAAAUAUUUUUGAUACGCAGAAAACAUGUUCACCCAGUAAAGACUUAAUCUCAUUUGAUCAUAAUAUAAUCAUAUCGUGGGUUUUAUAGUUAGUUUAUUUAUGCGAUGUUUAAUAAGUCAAUUGGCAGUAUUGCAUCGUGCUUAAUUGGAGUAGUGUUCUAAAGUUCUACUUACAUUUGAUCUUAGAUGUGUGGGGUUUUUUUUCUCCUUUUUUUUAAGGUUUUUUGGUUUAAAUGCCUCUUUGGAAGGAAGAUCUUGUUUCAUUAUUCAUUUGGAAACCUUGAAAUGGUACUUAUAUGGACUUACCAUUUUGUAUUGUGUUGUUUUUACUCUUUUCCUUUAUAGACAUUUCUUUUACAAGUCUGUUACUUAUGGAGUUUUCCCGAGCAGAGUUAUCUAGUUUGUUUGGUUUGCAUUCAUUGUCAGACUUGAUCACUUAUAGUAAGAUGAAUUAAUAUACAUGACCGUAUGUGGGAGGUAGGGAAGGAACAGGGGUGGGGGAUAGAAGAAAUUUACUAAACAUCUGUUUCCUCCCUGUUUAUUGUUGAUUUCAUUCAGUGUGCUGUUCUUCUGUCAGAUUCUGUCCGACCUCUUUUGGUCAUAGCCAUUUGAGAUUAGAGCUCUUCCAGUCCACAUGUCCAAAGAACAAACUUUGUUAUGAAUAUACUUUCGUGUUCACUGCUACUCUGUGCUUCCAAUAACAUAAGCUGUUCUGUCCUCCCCUCGCUUUCUUGAUGUGUUGUCCACAACGAAAGAUGGUUACUUGACCUACUGAACAAGUUCAGAUGUGUUGUAAACUACCCUCUCUUUGUGGCUAACUCUAGUUUAUAACAGUUGUUUCAUAGUUCUCUUAUCGUGUCAAAAAAUAAUCAAAACUAGGAACUGGACCUCACACUCUGGUAAGUUGAUAUUUCUUUGAUUCAUGAAUUGUGUGUUUAUCUGCCUUUGGUCAGUUGUUUGCCCUGUUCUUCAUGUCUUGCCCCCAAGUCUCUGGUUUUAAAUGUAUGUUGUAGGCAAAGUGAUUUGAAAAUUGCAAAAUUCUACGCAGUAUACUGGCAUGAAUGUACUUCACUGUCAUAGUCUCAUGCAGCAUGGCUUUUUUUAUUUUUCACUUUUUAUCCUUUUUUGAAGUCUUAACAUAUUGACGACUAUUUCCUGAAAAAAAUCUCAGUUUUCAGUUUCUCAGUCACAUCCUUGAAAGUCAUUGAGAUGUGAAAACCAGUAACAAAGGGAGUACUGUUUUUACUGUGCAGCAUGAAUAAAUUGUUCAUGACUAAAUUUUCUUCAGUUCUCAAGUUCUGUAUGAUGACCAGUAAGAUUUUUGUUUGUUAGUUUGUAACUUCUUCCACUAAGUAAGUGGAUGAAUUGUAUUUCUUUCAGUUUUACUGUCAGUCUGUCAUUAUUUCUUCCUACUAAUGAACUGUAGUAUGUCAUAUAUGUUCUUUCAUCUUAAUUAACUUUCCCCCUAUCAGCUGAAUUAGAAACUGUUUCUUUUCCUUUCUUUUCUUUUAAAUUGAAACAUUUUGUUGUUGUCUUCAUAUACUUCUAUUGCAAAAUUCCAAAAGGAAUACAAGUGAUCUGA